AAACACGAACUUCUCGACUUCUUUUACAGUCGUAACUUGUUAAUUCCACAGCAGAUCGCAGCGAAGUGAAUACAAGUCGGGUUUUUCCGGUAAUCGUAAAAGCCUUCAACUUACAAGAAUAAUAAAAAUAACACCGGAGACCCGGCUACCUGGUCGACAUUUGUGCUUCAACCGUCCAUCAGACGCCUUUAGAAUAGUGCCUAUUGACUUGUGAGAAAAUAUAAUAAUUCACGGAGGUGUAUAGUUCACUAAAAUUUCGAAAAAAAUGAAAAUUUUAGUCGUAUUUUGCGUUCUAAUGGUGGCCGUUUCCGCCGAUACCUGGACAACGUUGGACAAGCACGAUUGCCAAUCUAGCUGCGUGAAUAACUGCCAAAGGGAAAACUACAAAUACGGGGAAUGCAUCAAUCAAGGCGGACUGUUUCCCAAAUUCGCCGACUGCCAUUGCUGGCACAAGGACUACAAUUACAAAAAGGACAAUGAGAACUAUUACAGGCCUUACAAUUAUUAAAUAAGUCGCUACAGAAAAUUCGAUUAUAUUAGUUAAUUAGGUAAUUAGUUUUGUAAUUGUAUAACCUAACAUUUGUGUUUUGAGAAUAGAAUAAACGAUAAAAAUG